AUGGUCGACCGAAUCCAUGCAGAUAAGGGCAGUGCAACCAACAUCCUACAAUUGACAGUUAUCCAACAGAUGGGCUUAGAGGCAAAGAUCAAUAAAUCAGCCAAGUCGCUGACUAGCUUCAAUGGAGCAACAACGGUUACCGUAGGCAUGAUAAAGCUCGACAUCUACGCCCCACUUGUAAUCAUCUCGCAAACGUUCAUGGUUAUUGAUGAAGUCUCACCCUACAAUGGCAUUCUAGGAAGACCAUGGAUCAGCAAGAUCAACGCCAUCACCUCUGCCACACAUCAGAAGAUUCGCUACCCAAUUCCUUGGGGUGGGAUCAGCCAAAUCAACAGUGAUCAGGCAAUGGCGAGGAAAUGCUUAGCUCAAGGGUUGAAGAAAGGCAAGCAAACAUAG